AUGACCAUUUCUCCACCGGGGUCGCCAACAGGCGCCACCCCGACUGCGCGGCCUAUGAGUGCUAUUAUCCGUCCGCCCAGGAGCAUGAGUCGCAUGAGUAUAGGAAGCAGGCCUGGAGGCAGCCGCGCAUCGGACGAGGAGAGCAAGACGGCGGUCAAAGUCGCUGUGCGUGUGCGACCACCGUUACGACCAACCGAUCCAGGCUACGAAUUAAUUCCACAGCGAUUUCAGCGCUCCAUGGUCCAUGUGACGUCGCCUACCAGUCUGGCCGUGGACGUUCCCCAGGGGCGCAAGCUGUUUGUCUUCGAUCGCGUUUUCCCAGAGACCACCGACCAGGAAGGAAUAUGGGAAUACCUCAGUGACAGCGUCAACUCGUUUUUGCAGGGUUACAAUGUUUCGAUCCUUGCCUAUGGCCAGUCUGGAGCUGGUAAAUCAUAUACAAUGGGAACGUCUGGACCCGGCGAACAGAAUGAUAACCAUGCCAUGGGAAUCAUUCCCCGCGCGGCCCAGUUAUUGUUUGAGAGGCUCGAUGCCCCAAAACAUAGUCGAACCCAGUCGUCCGGCCUUCGUACUCCCGCGAGAUAUUCAAUAAGUUCUCCACACAGCUUCAACAGGUCUCCCCUGGAAAAAAACUGGCAGAUGAAGGCCACUUACGUUGAAAUUUACAACGAACACCUACGAGAUCUCCUUGUACCCGACUCCACACCUGUCGUGGAUCGUAGCAAUGUCACUAUCCGCGAAGAUGCCAAAGGCAGAAUUAUCUUGACUGGACUCCAUCAGGUGGAGAUCAACUGCUUUGAGGACCUGAUCGGCGCGUUGAACUUUGGCUCGAGCAUUCGCCAAACCGAUGCGACUGCCAUCAACGCCAAAUCCUCGCGUUCACAUGCCGUCUUCAGUUUGAAUUUGGUCCAGCGCAAGUCGCCGGCCCCGGUGCUCUCUGCGAAAGAGAAGCGCAUGUCUGUACCCCUGGAGGCUCUCACAUCGUCCGACGCCGUAGUUACUGUGGACAGCAAACUUCACUUCGUCGAUCUUGCCGGAAGUGAACGACUCAAGAAUACAGGCGCCUCGGGCGAGAGGGCCAAAGAAGGUAUCUCCAUUAACGCCGGAUUGGCCAGUCUCGGAAAAGUCAUCUCGCAAUUGUCUUCUCGACAGUCUGGUGCUCAUGUAUCGUAUCGCGAUUCGAAACUCACCCGUCUACUCCAGGACUCGCUCGGUGGAACUGCAAUUACAUACAUGGUUGCCUGCGUUACUCCGGCCGAGUUUCAUCUGAGUGAGACCCUAAACACCGUGCAGUACGCACAGCGAGCCAGAGCCAUUCAGAGCAAGCCCCGCAUCCAGCAAGUCACAGAUGAAAGCGACAAACAAGCCGUCAUUGAGCGUCUCAAGGCCGAAAUCGCUUUUUUGCGCCAGCAGAUCCGCAAUUCCGAAGCCGGGGACAGGAAGAGCGUCGUCCUGCCUGAGCGAGGCGAACGUUCUAGCGACCGGGAAAUGGAACUUCAGAAUCAUUUGUUAGAUAUGCAAGAAAGUUACACAUCUCUAAGCCAACGUCACGCGAAGCUGAUCUCAGAGAUUAGCAAGGCUUCGGACCUUCAUACUGAAGACCCGGAUGAACUUGCGGCUGCUAUUGAAAACAGUUCCGUCGAGAGACUGAAACGGUCUCACUCCUUUGCCGAAUCUGUGGAGCAGGUUGUUCUCGAAUAUGAAAAGACCAUUCAGAGCCUGGAGUCAUCGCUAUCAAAUACUAGGUCCUCCCUAUCUACCACAGAAAGCUCUCUGCUUGAACGAGAAAGCAAAUGUGCAUACAUGGAGACUCUCAACGCACAGUUACAAGCGAGAGUACAGAAGUUGAUGGAACGUGAGAGCAACACAGAACACUACCUCCACGAUCUUGAAUCCAAACUCGACGGUCAGUCGACUGGUGACGAGAGGAAUUCCGCGCUUGUCAAUGAGCUGCGCAAGGAAAUUGCUCGGGCACGCGACAAUGAGGCGGGCUGUGAAGACUACAUUUCAACUCUCGAAGAACGCCUCGCCGAGGCUGAUCAAGACAUGGAGCUAAUGCAACGUGAGAUAAACAGACUAGAGCAUGUCAUUGACCGCCAGAGGAACCUAGGAAAGCUGGAUAACCUUCUCUAUGAACUGGACCACAUUCAACAAAACGGUGCUAAAUCUCAAGCUCGUGCAGCUGAACCUCUUCCCCCGGCCCACAGUAACAAGACAAUGCGGACUCGUGGAAACACGCUUGAUAUUCUCACAGAAGCAGUGGAGACUGCUAUCCCCGAGGGUGACGAUGACGAUUUGGCCGACGAGCUUACAGAAGCCGAGCCGUUCAAAGAGGUAGAAGAGUUGGAGACGCCUGUUGAAAAGGUCGAUGCUGCAGACGAGGCAUUCAAAACCGAAGAGCCUGCCAAAGACUUCGACCAGAGCCCUGCUCAGUCUGAAUUUGUUGCUGAAAAACUAGACAAUGUCACACAGGAACUGCUAGACCUUCGGGUACAACACGAGUCGACGCAGAACGAAUACGAUCUCCUUGCUGCGAAGUACGAAGAAGCGUUGCGGACUAUGGCCGAAAUGCAAGACCAGAUCGACUUCAGUCGCCAUGCUCCGGCGCCCUUGAAUGCCGACACCCCUAUUGACAGCCCCCGGUCGCAAAGUUUUUUAGACAACAUGAAGACGCAGGAAUCAAACCCUGGCGGACAACAUUCAUCUUCGCGAUCGCUCUCUUCGGAGUUAUCCUCGGUAGAGCAGUCGGGCAUCUCGCAGGACACUUCUGAUACUACAGUUAUGUCUAUACAGGAAGAAGAACCUCUGGAGAAUGGCGUUCACGCGCAAUCCGCAGAUGAGAUCAAGACUUUGCGACAGCUUCUACGGGAGCACGAGGAGGGUCUGAAUCUCGUCGCCCAAAAGUAUGCUCAAUUGGAAGCCGAACACGACGACACUCUUGUUCUUGUGGAGCAGCUAAAGACAGACCUGCAGAAGUCUCGCACUCCUCAGUCCCCUACCACUCCUGUUUCAGGUGGAUCAUCAGUUAUUCGCAGAAUGACAAGCCAGAACCUAAUGUCCACAGUGGAUCGUGCUCAUAGGUCUCUUGCUGCGUUGCGAAAUAUUGCCGCUGAAGAAUUUGAACAGAGUCCGGAGACUAUGCAUAACUUUGAGCAGAAUCUAAAUGUAGCAAUGCAUGAACUUCAUAUUCGCAUGGAGCGCAUCCAAGCCUUGGAAUCUGAGAAUGCCAACGUCAAGAAAGAGAUGGAAAUGAAGGCUACAAUCAUCUCUGGAUUGACCCGGGAACGAUCGAGUUUGCAAGGUGCCAAGCCGAUGGAUAUGGCAAUGGUUUCUCAAAUGCGCGACCAGAUACUCCAGCAAGAGAACCAAAUGAAGGAGAUGCAGGAAGCCCACGACAGCCGAGAGCAAGAGCUGCUCGUCAAGAUUGAGAAACUCAACGCGGAAAUAUCAUCCCAUUCCGAGUCACACGCUGUUGACACCAAUAGCCUUUCGGAGGAGUCUCAGCUUCGUCUCACACAGCUUGAAACUGAACUUUCAGAAUGGAAAGGCAGGCAUGAAACUGCUAUCAUUUCGUUGGAAACAUCCGAGCAAAAACUACGGGAAACCGCCGCUGAAUUGUCGGCUGCCCUUGCUUCAGUUGACGCCCUUCAAUCCCAACAUGCCAGUUCCACGGAAUCACUGGCGAGGGAGAAGGCCACCCUGUUGCAGGAAAUCGAGGAGGAAAGAAAGAGACAAGAGUCGCAAGUCGCAAGCUUGCACACAGAAAUUGAUGAGCACAAGUCUAUCAUCUCAACUCAUCUAGCCACGAUUGCAAAUCUCGAGGCAUCUCAUGCCGCUGUUCAAGAUCAAUUAACGCACUAUAUCUCCACCAAGGAGGCCAGUGAUGCCACCGCGGCGGUCUACCAGUCAAGGAUAGCUGAGCUUGAGGAUCAAUUAGACUCACACAGAGCUCUUGUUGACAGCCACGAGCAGGAACUGGCAACCUUGCGGGAUGCUCAUCAACAGCAGGUAUCUGAUUUGGAGAGCAAAAUCGCAGCUGCAGACUCGGCCAAAGCUGCACACGAUUCCUUGAUCGAACAGCUGAAUGCUCAGCAUGAAGAAGCCCUGGUAGCUCUGAGAUCCGAUAUGUCAGGCUCCAAGGAUGACCUGACGGAGUUGCUGAAAUCCAUCUCCAAGGUACUAGAGACUGAAGUGACGCCCGUGACUAUCUCCGAUCAACUUGAAGACCUUGUGUCUGAAAAGCGUAGCUUGGAAAGCAAAUACGCCGAUCUGAUCGAUGCCAAUGAGAGUCUUCUGAACCAGCUUGAAACCAAACGUGUUGCUGACGGCGAGCCAAAGGCUACAACUGUUGGACAUGAAUCGAAGGUCACGGAACUUGCAAUCUUGGUUGCUACCCUCGAGGAACGGAUUAAGGAGAAGGACGAACUUAUCAAGAAAAAGGAUGCCACAAUUGAGGACAUCACCGCUGAGAAACAGAAGAGCGUUCGCCUUGUUGAAGAACUGGAGGAGCAGAUUACCAGCACUUUCGACCAGCACCACAAUCGUCUCUCUGUCAUGCAGAACGAACGCAUGCAAGCCCUUGAAGAUGCGAAUGCCAAGGUUUCUAACCUUGAACGAGAAAUUGAAACCUAUCAAGUCCGUAUUGAGCAGCUCGAGCUCCAGCUCAAGAACAACGGAAACGACCCUGCAAUGGAUCGCACCAAUUCUCUCACCAAUCUUCGCAAAAGUACUUCCAAUACAUCACUUCCAUCUCCUCCACCGGCAAUCCCUCUUCCACCUCUGCCCAAUAUUGCUUCCACUGCGUCUGGAAAUACUACCAGCAUGUCUCCGCCCAGCUCUCGUCAUACUAGUCGGGAGUUGGUCAGCACUCAAUUAAUGGAGGACCAAGAAGCCCGCAUUAAGACGAUUGAGAAGCAUCUUUAUGCCGAGAAACAACUCACGGCCACCUUGGAAGAGGCGCUCGGGGAUCUAGAGACUCAGAGCAACAAGAUUAAAGCCGAUAUGGAAGGCUGGAAGAAGAAAGCCUGGCAACUAGAAGACGAGCUUCAGACCCUUCGAAAGGAGCGCAACUCUACCCGUCUCUCUCUGCAAGCUGUUGAGGAAGAGCGCAGUGCUCGCCGCGAAGCCGAAGCUGCUCGCGCUCAGCUGGAAGAGCGGAUGAACGCCAUCAACAGGAAGAAGAAGAAGAGUACCCUCAACUGUUUCUAA